CCCUCCCCACUUUACAAAAGCCAAUUUCCUGGAAGUACCCCAUCUCUGCACAAAAGAGCUCUAGCCCAUUAGAGCUCUCCAACAAGUGCAUGCACCUCUCUCUCUUUGCGUCUGUGUAUAUAAAACCCAAACUCUUCCUUUCCUCAAUUCUGUACACAGCCCCAGCCAUUCUCAACGAUCCCAAAUUCAAUACCUUUCUCUGUGUCUUUCUUUCUAUCAAAGUUGCUAGCUUUUUCUAAAAUGGAAGCCUCUUCUACUACUUCUUCAUCUGAUUCUUCCUCUUCAGACUCAUCUUUAUCUAGCAAAACACCAAGAAAUCACAAUAGGCCUGAGAAGAUCAAAGGUCCUUGGAGUGCUGAGGAAGAUAGGAUUUUGACUCGUUUGGUUGAACGAUAUGGGGCCCGGAACUGGUCUGUGAUAAGCCGAUACAUAAAGGGUCGGUCUGGCAAGUCGUGUAGGCUUAGGUGGUGUAACCAGCUGAGCCCAAACGUGGAGCACAGACCCUUUUCUCCAGCUGAGGACGAGACCAUCUUGGCUGCUCAUGCUCAAUAUGGUAACAGGUGGGCCACCAUUGCUCGAUUGCUCCCUGGUCGGACCGAUAAUGCUGUGAAAAACCACUGGAACUCCACGCUUAAGAGAAGGGUCAAGGACCAGCAAAUGAUAGAAGGUGGGGGUUGUAGUAUUAGUACUAAUAGUUUGAUUAAUAAUGAGGGUUUUGCCUCAGGAUCUUUGCAUUGCAAUAAUGGUUUUGAUGAAGAUGAGCAAUUUACGGCUUUGACACUUGCGCCGCCGGGGAUUGGUGGUGGUGGUGGUGGUGGGAAUGGUGGCGUGGCAGAGCGGAGGUCGGAGAGUAUGCCGACGGGGUUUUGGGAUGUUAUGAGGGAUGUGAUUGCUAGAGAGGUUAGAGACUAUGUGAGCUCAACCUUGUCUGAAAAUUCGGGCUUUCAUUAAUGUUUGUGUCUUUUUGAGGAUCGUGUAAGUGUUCAUGUUGUUGUGGUUGGGGUAGGAGUAAGAUUUGGGGUUGAAUUUGUUACAAUGUAAUUAAUGGUUAUAAAAGUCUACAAGGCAAAUUGUAGUAUGAAUUUUAUUGCCUCAGCUACAAACAAAGUGUUUAACAAAAUUUUGAGAAGUGCUUGAAGUAAA